AUGCGGAUGGGGGAUUUGGUUAGCCAGAGUAAGCGGGUUCCUGGGGAUGUUUUGGUGGAGGAGGUCGAGUUCAGCUCCAAGGGCUUACGUUUUCAGAUUCGUCGGUCUAAGACUGAUGUAAUGGUGGAGUGUUUCCUGCUCACUGUGAUGUCUUAUGACAGAUACCUGGCUAUUUGUAAUCCAUUGCGGUACUCACUUCUUAUGAAUACAAAGGUUUGCCUUAGCCUAAUUCUCCUGUCUUGGAUUGGUGGCUUCACUGGUAUAUUCAUAUUGAUAAUUCCAGUGUUUAAACUCCAGUUUUGUGAUUCUAAUGUGAUCGACCAUUUAUUCUGUGACUUACCACAUAUUCUUAAAUUGUCUUGCACAGAAACAUUUGUGGCUGAGAGGAUGGUGUUUUAUUUUUCAUCUGGCAUUGUUUUGCUUCCAUUUAUUUUUGUCCUUGGAACUUAUGCUUGUAUUAUUUUUGCUAUAGUUAGAAUUCCUUCAUCUAUAGGUAGGAAAAAAGCCUUCUCAACCUGCAGCUCUCAUAUUUCAGUUGUGUCCACUUACUAUGGAAGCUUGAUCAUAAUGUAUGUUGCCCCAUCCAAACAGCACUCACUUACAGCAAACAAAAUCCUAUCUUUGCUGUAUACUGUGGUGACGCCUUUGUUAAAUCCCAUAAUCUACAGCCUUAGGAACCAAGAUAUUAAGAUGAUACUAGGAACAGUUUUUAUAAAAAUGCGCAGAACAAAUAAAUUUGAUAGCCAUUAG